UCUCUCAUAUAAGCAGCGCUUCACCGCACAGGGCUCCAGACGCGCUCUCUCCAGUUCUGGAUGGACUUGUCUCGGUCUCCUUCUGCGCAUCUUUGUCUCUGACUGUAGUUUUGUGGGAGUUCCCGCAGAAGGGAGCAAGCACUGGUCUUUGGUUUUCUUUGCUCUGCUCAUUUUUUUUUUUUUUUUUUUUUUGUCUGAAUAGCCACUGCACAAUCAUACCCGUGCUGCAGUUCAGAAAUGGGAAUGCAUUUGCAUCUGCUGCUCUUGCAGUGUUAUUUUGUCUCGAAUUUUGUGUGCAAUGCCGUCGCUUUCGUGGAGGAGCCCAGCGGAGGGAGGUCGGACGGGUACUGCGGGCGGAUCCUUCGGGCGCAGACGCAAGGGACCAGGCGGGAAGGGCACCACGAGUUCAGGCUCAGGGUGGAGGGGGACCCGGAGAGCUACCUGCCGGGCAGCACAUACAGAGUGGGGCUUCUAGCGAGCAGCCCUACUUAUUUCAGAGGCUUCACUCUCAUCGCGCUGAAGGAGGGCCGAGAGGGCACCACAGACGACGACUACGCCGGCCAAUUCCAAAUCAUUAAUGAUGACGACACCCAGUUCAUGACCAACUGUCCUCCUGCAGUGACAGAGAGCACGCCCCGGAGAAGAACCAGAAUACAGGUCUUUUGGACUGCACCGCCCAGUGGUACUGGCUGCAUUAUUCUCAAGGCCAGUAUUGUCCAGAAAAGAGUAAUCUUUUUCCAGGAUCAAGGCUCUCUCACCAUUCGACUUUGUGAGAAAGAGCGUGUUCUCGGUGAAGUCACCGAAGUACCUGUCAUCGAAUGCUGCGCUUGUGGAACGGCCAAAUAUAGACUCACCUUCUAUGGCAACUGGUCAGAAAAAAUACAUCCCAAAGAUUAUCCAAGACGCGCCAACCACUGGUCUGCCCUGAUUGGUGCUUCCCACUCCAGGAGUUAUGUGCUGUGGGAAUACGGCGGCUAUGCUAGCGAGGGAGUCCGACAGGUAGCUGAGCUUGGGUCCCCCAUCAAGAUGGAAGAAGAGAUUCGACAGAAGGGUGAUGAAGUGCUGACCGUCAUUAAAACCAAGGCUCAGUGGCCAGCGUGGCAGCCACUCAACCUGCGAGCAGCUCCCUCAGCGGAGUUUUCUGUGGAUCGGACCCGGCACCUCAUGUCCUUCCUCACUAUGCUUGGGCCAAGUCCGGACUGGAAUGUGGGGCUGUCUGGAGAGGAUCUCUGUACCAAGGACUGCGGCUGGGUCCAGAGACUUGUGGCAGACCUUAUACCGUGGGAUGCGGGCACAGACAGUGGUGUCACAUAUGAGUCACCAAACAAGCCCACCAUUCCUCAGGAGAAAAUUCGUUCUCUGACCAGUCUGGACAACCCUCAAAGCCCCUUCUAUGACCCAGAAGGGGGCGCAAUUGCUCCUGUUGCUCGGGUAGUGGUGGAACGUAUUACUAGAAAGGGAGAACAGUGUAAUGUGGUCCCAGACACCAUCGAUGACAUAGUAGCUGAUAUUGGACAGGAGGAGAAGGAGGAAGACGACACACCAGAGACAUGCAUUUACUCCCCCUGGUCUCCCUGGUCGGCCUGUAGCAGCGCGACAUGUGACAAAGGUCGCAGAAUGAGGCAGAGGAUGCUGAAGGCUCAGCUGGAUCUCAGCAUACUUUGCCCACAAACCCAAGAUUUCCAGCCUUGCAUGGCCCCUGGAUGCAGUAUGGAGGAGCCUUCAACGUGCAUGAUGUCGGAGUGGAUCAGCUGGUCUGCCUGCAGUGUUUCCUGUGGGACGGGGAUGAGGUCCAGAGAGCGAUAUGUCAAACAGUAUCCUGAGGACGGUUCACUCUGCCAGCUUCAAACUGAGGAGACUGAGAAGUGUGUUGUCAACGAUGAAUGCUCUGACAGCAGCUGUGUGGUGACAGAAUGGGGGGAGUGGGACCCCUGCAGCGUCACCUGCGGUGUUGGCAUGAGAAGACGUGAACGCAUGGUGAAGAUGCCUCCUAUAGACGGAUCAAUGUGUAAAACUGAGGUGGCUGAGGUGGAGAAGUGUAUGAUGCCAGAAUGCCACACCAUCCCCUGCAUGCUGUCCCCCUGGUCGGACUGGAGUGAGUGUAGUGUGACGUGCGGCCGGGGAGUUCGAAACCGUCAGAGGAUGCUAAAAUCCGAUCCCACUGAGUGCACCGAGGAUCUGGAACAAACAGAGAAGUGCAUGUUGCCUGAGUGCCCGAUGGACUGCAUGGUCUCAGAAUGGUCGGAGUGGUCGGAGUGCAACAAGUCCUGCGGCAAAGGACACACUAUUCGCACCCGUAUGAUCAAACUGGAGCCACAGUUCGGGGGCAGUUCUUGUCCCGAGACCAUCCAGAGGAAGAAAUGCAAGAUCAGGAAGUGCCGCACAAAAGGAGGUGGUGGGAGUAAGGCCAAGGCAUCGGGUGCAGUGGGUUGCCGGCUGCAGCCGUGGACCAGCUGGACAGAUUGCACUUUAUCCUGUGGAGGUGGCUUACAGCAGCGCUUAAGGGUGGCAAAGAAAAGGGUAAAGGGCAUCUGCAAGGACCGGAGGGAGAUCCGUGCCUGUAACAAUCAACCCUGCUACUACUGAGCAAAAGGGUGAAAAGAGCAUUGCGAACAUCAGAAAUGUCAAGUCCCAUUGAGAAACAACUUUUUGUGCAGGUAGAGGAGAAGGGGAGGAUAUUACACUACUCUCAAACUUUUAAGGAGAAAAGGGGAAACAGGAGGCAAGUGAGAAACCGAUAAGAUGGUAAAGACAGAGUAAAGAAAAAGAUUUGAUGUUUAGUGAAGCCAUUGUAGAAAUUAGUAUACAGGGAUGGUUUUAAUUUUAGAACACAAAUAAAGUAUUAGAUACUAA